AGGUCAGCGCUCAAACACAAUAGUCGUGAGCAACAAGACGACCAGUGCUUCAACUUCUUCUGCUUCAACUUUGCAGAUGGAGAGAGGCGACGGAGGAGCGGGGAUGGGGCAGCGAGGGGUGAUGCCGUCGUCUGCGGCCGCGGCAAUGCUGGGGAUGGAGAUGCACCUCUCCCACCAGCCGCAGCAGCAGUCGCAGAUGCACGCCAAUUCCGCCUUCCAGCAGCCGGACCACCACCACGUCGCCGGCGCCGGCUUCCAGCACCAUCAGCCCGUGCCGGUCAGGCAGCACGCACCGCCGUCCUACUCGUCCUCGCCAUCGCCAUACGCGGCGCCUUCAUCGAUGGCCGUCAAGGCGGGAGGGCACAAAGAGGACGAGAUGGGCAACGGCAACGGUGCUGGCGCGGCGCAGCAGCAGCAGCAGCAGGCUGGGACGGGGGCUUGCCCCUGGUCGCGGAUGAAGUGGACCGGUGCCAUGGUGCGGCUGCUGAUCACGGUGGUGUACAACGCCGGCGACGACGGGGAGGGUGUUUCUGCAGGAGGUAGGACGGCGGCGUCGCAUGGGAAGGCGGCGGCGCACGGCCAUGGCGGCCACGGGCAGCAGGCGGCGGCGCAGCAGAAGAAGGGCAAGUGGAAGUCUGUGUCCCGGGCGAUGACGGACAACGGCUUCAUCGUGUCGCCGCAGCAGUGCGAGGACAAGUUCAACGACCUCAACAAGCGCUACAAGCGCGUCAUCGACCUGCUCGGCCGCGGCAAGGCGUGCAGGGUGGUGGAGAGCCCCGCGCUGCUCGACGGCAUGGACGAGCUCACGCCCAAGGCCAAGGAAGAGGCGCGCAAGCUGCUCAGCUCCAAGCACCUCUUCUUCCGCGAGAUGUGCACCUACCACAACCCCGGGCCCGCCGCGGCAGCCUCGCACGGCAACGACGACGGCGCGGCCUGCUUCCACCACCCGAGGCCGGCGUCAAUCGCGCCCUCCGCUGCUGCUGCUGCAUCGUCUGCCGCUCGCCAGGUGGUCCACUCCUCCAUGCGCGCGGAGGUGGACGACGACGACGACAGCGAUGACAUCCGCAGCAGCAACGAGGUUGAAGAGGAUGACGACGACGAUUUGGACGACCGCGGCGGCCACAUUGAUGGCAGCAACCGCUUUCACCAACAACCCAGCAACGGGUACCACAAGCGCCGCCGUGAUGAGAGCGCGGCGGGUGCGGGGGAAGACGAAGAAGAGGCCGACGGGAACAGGCGCGCUCGUAGGAGGACGCGGGUGGCCGAGGAUGGGGCGUCCGCCCUGCAGCAGCUGCAGAUCGAGCUUGCCGCCGUGAUGGCGGCUGGCAGCGACCAGCAGCAGGUGCGACACUGGAUGCGACGGCGCGCGGUGGAGCUGGAAGAGCAGCAGGUCAUGUACGAGUCCUGCGAGUACCAGCUCAGGCGGCAGCGCCUCAAGUGGGAGCGCUUCCAAGCCAACAAGGAGCGGGACAUGGAGCGCCAGCGCCUGCGGAACAGCCGCCUCCGCCUCGAGGGCCGCCGCAUGAUGAUCAUGCUCCGCCAGAAGGAGCUCGACUUGGACAUGGCCGAGGCCAACUACUCCUCCUCCGUCGACCACCACACCGGCGCGCAGACCCCGCCGCUCGCCGCCUUCCACCAGCAGCUCGCAUCCAGCCCCUCUACCACCGGCCACCCCAACUAGGAACCAAACACCCAUGCAAACCUUUGCUUUAUCUUUCCAUUCCUACCAACCAGUACUAUAGUAGCUGCUUUAUCUUUCCAUUCCUAGCAACCAGUCUUUCCAUCCCUAGCAACCAGUCCUUUCCAUUCCUAGCAACCAGUACUAUAGCUGUCUCUCCUUUUAGUAAUUUUAGUAAGUACUAGUAAUAUGAUGAUCAAAGUAGAAUUAUUCCAGUUCUAGGUCGAGCAGGUGCGUGUUUAUGUCAGUCUGUGUGUGCCCGUGCAAUGUCAGAAACUCAUAGCAACAUCAUUUCA